UAUUGUUUUAAUCUUAUUUAAAUGUGUACUUCCCACCGAAUACAAAUCUGUUCAAAUGUAUGUGUACUGCUCGAUUGAAAGUGUCUAACUCGAAGAGUGUUAAAAAUGUUGACAAAAAUUUCAAUAUUUCUAUGGUUAUCCUGUUUGUCAGGAAUAUUCUCUAUUGCAAAUCCUGUGAAAUGGAUUCCAUUAACCGGGAAUUGGAUUAUUUCAAAUAAAACGACAUCGAAUCAAAUACACACCCUGUAUGGUUUAGAUAGUUACAGUGCACAAUGGUUGUCUGGAAAUACAAAUGACCCAUUCAAAGAUUAUAAUGAUGUCAGCUUAAAAUGGAUUGGAUAUGAUAAUUGGACAUUUAGUAAAACAUUCACAAUUGAACAGUAUCAUUUAAACAAAUCUACUGUUGUUGAAUUACACUUAGAUGGUAUUGAUACAUUUUGUGAUAUAAUACUAAAUAAUUAUCGAUUAGGCACAACAGAGAAUAGUUUUUUAUCCUAUACAUGGAGAAUUAAUCACCUACUAAAUUUACAAGGUAUCAAUACAUUAGAAUUAAAAUGUAUGUCAACAGUAUUCAUGGCAAAGAGAAUGGCGGACGCUUUAAAAGCUCAGCGGAAGUCAAUUCCUCCGCCAGUUUGUUGGCCGGGAAGAUUUCACGGGGAGUGUCAUAUAAAUCUUGUCAGAACAACUCAAUCAAUAUUUGGUUGGGAUUGGGGUUUAAGUCUACCGAUUCAAGGAUUUUGGGUACCGCCAAAAUUAAUCAUAUCAUCGUCAUUACCAUCAUCGGCAUCAGGUUUAAGAUUUGGUGAAGGAUUUAAAUUCUAUGCUUAUUCCGAACAACAUGAAUCAAAGCAAACAUGGAAUGCUGAAAUUAGCGUUGAGAUUGUCAUAAAUGCCGUCCAUUACCGUCGUUAUUCGAAACCGUGUAUUUCAGCGUAUAUUAAAGGAUUAAAUGUAUUCAGUAGGAAGUGUUUCACUCUGAAAGAGAAAUCAAUGAUCCACUUUGAAAUAUUACGGAAUUAUUCAAAUGUUAAAUUAUGGUGGCCAAUUGGUAUUCAAACUGGACCAUAUCUUUAUACAUUGGUGCUUUAUUUAACCGAUGGUUUUUAUCGUCUCAUUGAUAGAAAAGAAUAUUCUGUUGGUUUCCGUGAAGUGGAAUUAAUUCAGGAAUAUGUCGAACCAUCUGAUACUGGAUUCGGUAGAACAUUCUAUUUCAAAAUUAAUAAUCUACCAGUAUUUAUUAAAGGCGCCAACUGGAUACCUGCAAGAUAUAUGCCCGGUAGACAAGAUACCCUGACGAGGAAUACAAGUGGCGAUAUUUUCUGGUUAGAAAAACGCCUUUUACGAUCAGCUGCGCUGUCAGGAAUUAAUUUGAUCAGAAUAUGGGGCGGUGGACGUUAUGAAAAUGAUGAAUUUUACAAUGAAGCUGAUAAACUCGGCCUAAUGAUUUGGCACGAUAUGAUGUUCGCUGUGUCUACCUAUCCGGAUAAAGAAAGUACUGAUACAGUCGAUUUGGAGAUAAAACGGCAAAUAUCACGAUUACAUUAUCAUCCAUCCAUUGUUGUUUGGUCAACAGAUAACGAAGUGAAACAAGCUAUCGCUAAUGGUUGGUAUCAACGCCCCAUGGACCCAAAUUUACUGAGUAUAUACAAAUCAAGAUUUAUAGAUUCAAUAUUCACUGUUAUUAAUAAAGAAGAGGCGACUAGUCAUAGAUCUAAAUCAAAAUACAAGCCAAGAGUAUGUUUAAUCUCUUCACCGGGAAAUGGAUAUAUGACAGAGCAGUUCAAAGGAUUAGAUCCGGAUCCAGAUAAUCCACUUUUUGGUGAUAUACACUUUUACAUAUAUUUUGGUAACUUAUGGUCAGAAUCUAACUUUAAAGUGUCACGUUUCAUCUCUGAAUUUGGAUUACAAUCAAUGCCUAGUGCACUGGCUUGGGCUAGAUCAAUAACAAAUAUAUCCGACUCAAAACAAUGGAAUAUAUUUGACUCACUCAUGAAUCAUAGACAACAUCAUUCACUAGGUAGUGUAAUGCUUCAAUUACCUCUGGAAUAUAUUAAUGCACCAAUUGAAAAACAAGAUCCAAUUCGUAAUUACAGUCGAUGGGCAUAUAUUAGUCAGUUGAAUCAAUUAAUGUGUUUACGUGCUCAGAUCAACUUAUAUAUGCGAAAUAAAUGUCGACUGAAAAUAUCUACAUCUACAGUACUAAACACUGAUAAAUUAAUUACAAUGGGUACAAUCUAUUGGCAGCUGAAUGAUAUUUGGUCAGCACCAAGUUGGUCAACUAUAGAUUCAUCUGGUCAAUGGAAACUAUCACAUUAUGCUGCUAUAAGAGAAUUUUAUGAUAUACCAAAAUGGGGACGAAUAGCUAUACAUAAUAAAGAUGAUGCAGUGAUUGAAGCCGACUGGAUACCGAAUGUACAAACUAAUGACAAUACUGUCUACAUUCCUAAUGAAUUUGAAAUCAUCUGUUAUACUAUUUGGUCAUUUGAACCAACGUAUCGUGAAAUUUUGAAUAUUUCUAGUGUAAAAAAUGGUCAGUGUCCAAUAUCAGUAUUGAACAAAUCGUUGAAAGAUUUAAACAAAUUAUGUCGUUUCAAUGGGAAAAGUGGUAGAAUUAUACAGGUAGGCAUGAAAGUAGGCCAGAAGUAUAAGCAAAGUGAUGGCGGUCUACUUCUCUUAGAUGCACCAAAGAAAAUCCAAGAUUUUCCAAAGGAUGCCGGCAGUGGUUUACGUUUAAAGUCAAUACAGUCUCUCACAGGAAAAGAUAAUUUAUCAGCAUAUCAGCAAAUGGCACCUUUUCAAACAAAUUAUAUUUAUGAAUUAAUUAUUGAAGCUAAAUCUCCAGAGUUGUUUGUUAAUUUAGAUUUGGAUCCUAUACUUGAUGUAGAGUUUUGGUAUUCAUUCAAUGGUUUUCAUUUGGUGUCUGAAAGACAGAGAAAGGUAUACUUGUAUAUUUCACCAGUGGAUAGAAUGAUACCAAUUGAUGUAUUAAAAUCUUCUAUAUGGAUUGAGUCACUUGCAACAUUGUAUAACUAACUGAACUAUCAUAUACUUAUGCAUAUGCAUGCAC